AUGCCCCCUCGCCGCUCCCAUCAAAAGUCUCACACCGGCUGCAUAACAUGCAAGCGUCGCCAUGUCAAAUGCGACGAAUCAGGUCCACCCUGCAAGCGUUGCAAAACAAGAGAUGUAAACUGCGAAUACGCAGAGAUCACAACCCGUCCACAAAUAUCGCCAAAUCCGAGUCAGGAUACGGCAGAAGCAGCAUCGCCAGACUACCUCAACUCUUGCCCGACAUUUCCCGCCAAUCCCCACCACCUGGAUCUCCAACUCAUGCAUCGAUGGUCUACUGGUACUUAUAAAAGUUGCUGUACUCCUGGUUCCGGCGACGAAAAGCUUUGGCAAUUAACCGUGCCCGCACUGGCGCUUCAAUACGACUUCCUCCUAAACGGGAUACUAGCAUUAUCGGCCUUUGAGAGCGCCAAUGCUCUACUAUUACAUCAAAACGACGAAAAAUCAAAUUCCAAUCGCGAAAAGUAUAUAAAUUCCGCGAUUGAGCGCCAUGUUCUCGCACUGUCCAAUUUCCGCACCCAAUUGUCUUCGUCUAGUCCAUGUGCGGACCACAGAGCUGCAAUUUGCUUUUCGCUUAUGAUGAUGGUGCUCACAUUUGCAACCGUGCGCUUCGGAAAACCACUAGAGAAAAACAUCGUUAAAACGGCCAUUGCUCAUUUCGAACUUGUUCGUGGCGCCGUUCAGAUUGCAGAAAGUGAUGAGGAACACAGGGUUAGUCAGAAUGAAUACGCGCAAAAACUGACGCCGUUUCAAGAUCUUCCCCUCACGACCUUGGAUCCAGCUAUCGCAAAUAUAAUGGCCGAUGUGAGAGAGUUGAAUGAUGAAAGGAUCGUCCACACUGUCUGGGAUACACCCGAGCGGCGAAUAGAGCAGGUCGCCCUCUGGGAGGCUUGUAAGAAGGCAUUGAGUUUGUUGCAGGACUGCUUUGAGAGAUGUGUUGGUCCUGUUUAUCGAGGGUAUGCCCUUGGGUGGUUGAAUAUGGCGGGCGAGGAAUAUGUCCGAGCACUGAAAGGCAAUGACAACGUUGCGCUGCUGAUAUUGAUGAUGUGGGGUGUUCUUGUCGAGAGGUUGGGUAAUGAUGUAUGGUGGGCGCAGGAAUUUGGAAACUCGUUGGUUGAUGAAAUUUCGAAUGAAUAUCUUCGGGAUGAUUCAGAUCCAUCCAUCCAAGAUGUAAUGAUAAGAGUUCAAAAGUUAACAUGA